AUGGCUUCUUCAUCAAAUAUGGAUUUGUUUGUUGAUGAAGCUUAUCUUUUAGCAUUACUCAACGAUGAACCCCUUCCGAUAUCGGAUGAGAAAUACGCUGAAGAAUUACACCUUCAAGAAGCUCUUUUCUCCUCUUCUUCAAUUCCUUCAAUUCAUGAGAACUUUCUGUUUCCAACCACAAAAACAGAGGAUGAGAAUUAUGAAAACAGAGAGAGGGGUGAAUCGUCUGAAUCCCAACUCAUUUUCUGUGGAAUUUGCAUGGAUUACAAGCAAAAUUCAGAUAUUUUCAACGGAUUAACAAAUUGUAAUCAUUCAUUUUGCACUGAUUGCAUAAUCAAGUACGUCGCAUCGAAGAUUAGGGAAAACUGUGAUAUGGUAAAAUGCCCUGAUCCCAACUGCAAGCUAUCUAUAGAACCAGAAAAUUGCAGGUCAAUUUUAGCCAAGGAAGUGUUUGUGAGGUGGGAAAAUGCUCUUUUUGAAGCAAUGAUUCCUGGGGGUCAGAAAUUUUACUGUCCAUACAAGAAUUGCUCUGUUUUAAUGGUGGAUGAUGGUGGGGUGGAGGUGAGAGAAUCCGAGUGUCCCAAUUGCAGGAGGUUGUUUUGUGCAAGGUGCAAAGUUCCGUGGCAUGACGGCGUAACUUGCGAAGAGUUUGAUGUGUUGGGGAAAGAUGAGAGAGAGAAGGAGGAUAUAAUGGUGAUGAAGCUUGCUAAGGGUAAACAAUGGAGGAGAUGCCCUAAUUGUAGGAUUUACGUGGAGAAGACUGAUGGUUGUCUUCAUAUUACUUGCAGGUGUCGUAAUGAAUUUUGCUAUCAAUGUGGAGAUAAGUGGAGCAGCAGUCAUGCACAUUGAUGAAUACACCUUGCAAAAAGAGGAAAAUGGAAGAAAUUAACUUUUUCUUGGGAGCUCUAUCUCCAUUAUGGGGAGAGGGAGAAUGGGUCAUUCAAAAUUUUAUUGCAAUUAUUUACAUGUAUUUC